UUAAACACUGGCAACUCCUAAAAUCAAAAGAAGCUUCUGAUGAAAUUGUUUUUGGCAUUAGAAUUUGCGUGUUAUUAGCACAAUGAGCCAGGAUAUUGCCAGGACCAUCAAAUUCCGGGACAUUUGCGAUCUUUUUGAGAAGCUCAAAGCCACCAAGAAGGUGGUUAACAAGGAGGAUGUGCUCAAAAGUUACUACGAGUCGUUCUGCCGCCAUCGCGAUUCCUUUCGCCGGGAAACGGGACUAACGGACGAGCAGGAAGAAACAGGAGAGAGUAGCUUCUAUCCGAUCCUGCGACUGCUUCUGCCCAGUGCAGACACCAAGAGAGAUAACUAUGGACUGCAGAUCACGGCCCUGGGAAGGCUUUACAUCCGGGUGCUUCAACUGGCCACCGAUUCUCGGGACGCCAUCAUGCUGCAGCAUAGAAGUGGCAAUAUGUAUCGGGACUACGGGGAUGUGGUUUACGCCGUUCUCAAGCCCCGGUGCUUCAAUCCUCCCAGCGAUCUGCGGUUGAGUCACAUCCACCAAAUGCUGGACACCAUAGCCAAUGAGGACACAAAAGUCAAGGAACAGGAGCUGAUCAGAUUCACGGAAAAGGCCUCGCCGGAGGAGCAGAAGUGGUUGAUCCGUUUGCUGCUGAAGAGCCUGGGCCUGGGCAUUGGUGAGCAGCGCAUCUUUGGCAUACUGCAUCCCAAGGCUCAGGAGAUCUAUUUGCGAUGCUCCGAUCUCGGGCAUGUGUGCAAUCUUUUGGCCGUGAAGUCGCCCAGCCUGGAGACCAGUGGCUCCUCCACAUCAGCCGCUGACAAGAAGCCGGACGUGGCGACCCUAAAUCUCAAUGCAGUCAUCCGGCCAUUCCAUCAAAUCCGACCCAUGUUGUGCGAACGUUUCCCCGGCGACGUCCAGGAACUGAUGCAGUCGGACGUCCUCUACAUGGAGACCAAAAUGGACGGCGAACGUUUCCAGCUGCACAUCGACAACGGCCGCUUUAUGUACAUCUCCCGGAACGGUGUGGACUAUACCAGAAAUUUCGGGGCUAGCUACGAUACUGGAACGUUGACGCCAAAGCUGAGGGGUCUCCUGCCGCUGAGCCUGCAAUCGAUUAUCCUGGAUGGUGAGAUGAUGGUGUGGGAUACGAUCCAGAAACGGUAUCGGGAGAAGGGCGAGAACACGGAUGUGAAAAAUCUGAAGCCGGAGCGCAGCUGGCAGCCCUGCUUUGUGAUCUACGACCUGCUGUUCUUCAACGGAAAGAGUAUGCUGGAUCACACGUACAUCCAGAGGUCGUACAGGCUGCAGAAAAUGAUCGGGGAGCAGGAGGGAGUGCUGCAGCUGAUGCGCGCCCAGAAGAUCACCUCCGUGGAGCAGUUUAAUGAGCUCUUUCAGCAGGCACUGGACAACAAAGCCGAGGGCAUUGUCCUCAAGAAGCAGAACUCCACUUACCAGCCAGGUGUUCGCAUCGGAGGCGGUUGGUUCAAGGACAAGGCUGAUUAUAUCAAAGGACUGAUAACGGAGUUCGAUGUUCUCAUCAUUGGCGCCUUCUACAAUCGCAAGAGGACCUUUGUGGAAUCAUUUCUGCUGGGUGUCCUGCAGCCCGCUCCUGCCGGCAGCUCCCACCGGCACGAGGUGUUCAGCAUUGGCUGUGUUACGAACAACACCCAGCAGCGCGGUGUCCUCAACCACACCCUGAAGCCGCACUGGCAUGAUGUUGCCAAGGAGCCACCACCGCUGUGGUAUCACUACAAGGCCACUGAUCGUGCCGGCUGCCCGGAUCUCUGGAUUGAGCCGCAAAACUCGAUUAUACUGCAGGUUAAGGCUGCCGAUUUGGCGCCAAAUGGUGCCUUCUAUACGCGCAAGUCGUUGCAUUUCCCGCGAACCGAAAUGAAGAGGGACGACAAGUCGUGGAGCGAAUGCAUGACCCUGCAGGAGUUUAAUGAGAUAUGCGAGGGCCCUGCAGCCAUCAAGAAACUGAACAAACGGCAGCUACGCCUCGAGGAUGUCACCACGAAGAGGAAACACCAUCGAACCACGCCGGCGGAGCGACGUCGCCUGGGCUUGGCAGUGUACGAGAAGCGGUGUCGAUUGGAUCCCGAACAGAGCACUUCCCGGCUCUUUGAGGGCUUGAGCUUCUGCAUCCUGAGUGGCUCCGCCGGCCGGCAUUCGAAGAGCCAACUCCAAGAGCUGGCUGUCCAGAAUGGUGGCACCAUCGUGGAGAAUCCUCUGCCCAACGAUCCGAAAUGCUUCUGCAUAGCCGGCGAUGAGACGUUUCUAGUAAAGCGCAUGAUCCUGCAGGAGCCACGAGUCUAUGAUAUUGUGCGGAUGGAAUGGCUACUUCGGGUCACCCGAAAACAGGAGCUAGAGUUGCGUCCCAAGGAUCUGAUGGCGGCCACGGAGCCGUUGCGGGAGGAGCUAGCCGAGUGCUUCGAUCAGUACGGCGAUAGCUACAACAAGGACAUCACGGAUGCCAGCGACCUGCAGGAACUACUAGAGGACAUGAGCUUGAAUCAAGAGACUCUGGAGGGCAUUACUCUGGAGGAAUUGGAAGCUCUGGAGGAUCAGUUAAUGGGCGAGAACUCCAAGAGCAAUCUGAACCUGUUCCGACAUCUGUAUGCUGAGUUUCAUCGUCCUGGAGGCGAUGACUUGGGAAGGAUUCUGUUCCGGCAGAACGGAGGGCAUGUGGUGGAUGGCUUGCACGAGAAGCUGAAUGUGGGAUUUGUGUGCCCCAGCCCUGGGACGGAUGAUGAUAGCCACAAGAGGUGGCUGAGCGAACAUCCCAUCUUAACGGAAGAGAAGGUCCUCAGCUCGUCAUGGAUCCAUCAGUGCAAUAGCGAGGGCGUCCUCCUGCCCAUGAAGUGCCUUAACUAGAUCUACUUCUAUAUUUUUACUUUUUUUUUCUGAUAAGUUUUGAUCCCAGUAGUCGGGUGGAGUUGUGCCUGGGACUGUCAGUUGGGAGACGAGUUCAGUUUUAUUCACCCGUUCCUGUUAACAACUCCCAAGUCAGAGUUACAGAGAAUUCCCUAUAUAUUUUUUUUUCGAUUCACCUUGCCAUCCCAAGCAAGCCGACUAACAUCCGGGUAGAAUCAUCUUACUCUUUACUUAACCAAGCAUAGAAAACUAGCAAAAAAAAUAAGUGAACGGACAUUGGCAAUGGCAAGGAUUAUGGAUGAGAUGGUGGUCAUUUCCACUGACACGGUGACGCCGCCGACGCUUCUGUCAACGGAUUUGCCAUGUUCGUCUGAGGUGGCCGCUGCGUCUCCAGUGGCGUGGAGUGGUGGAGGAGGAGAUGCUAGUCAGACUGGAGGAGGUCUUAUAGAACCAG